AUGAUGGGAACUAGUUCACACCCAGCUCACGUAGCAUACCUGAAAGUAUGCUACGAUUGUGGGCAUGUUUUGGGGGCCAGGAAUUUUGUGACGAUGUCCCGCCAGCUGUCGGCGCGAUGGCCGCUGCCUCGCUGGCAGCCGCUGCUGAUGUCUCGGGCCGUGCUCCCUGCGCUGCAAGGAACCGCGCACGUCGCGCCGUGCGACUGGGCGAGCUGCUGGCGGCGCGCGUCCAGCGCGAUGAACGGCGAGGUGCGGGCGGAGGGGGGCGUCGGGAACGCGCGGACACGAGGACGGGUGGACGAGGAGGAGGGCCGAGGGAAGCGGCAGGAUUUACCACAGGGCCGGGGAGUCGUCGCAAGUGGAGGAGGGGCGGCGGUAGACGCGGGUAGAGGGCAAGGGGGGUGUGAGGAGCGCAGCUCUAUGGGCCACGGCCAGCAACACUUUCCCCCGUGCUCCUCCGCGCAUGGCGUGCAGCCGUGCGCGCUCCGCUCCCCGCGAUACACGCGCGUCGCUGUACCACAUGUGCUGCGGGAGGGAGGGCUGCAGCACGUGCUGCAACGCGUGGGGCUGUGGCCUGCGCCCCCCCCGCACCACCGCCUUCCGCCAGGCUUCCCGCCACGCGAGCGUGGCGAUGCGCGCAUGUACCCGGGUGUGGGCGUGGCGGUGUCGGGCGGAGUGGACAGCAUGGCACUCGCGCUCACUGCCGCGCGCAUGCAGCGCGCACAGCAGGGGGAGGGGGAAGACGGGGGAGGAGGGGGGGUGCGCAUGGUGGCGAUGGUGGUGGACCACGCUCUCAGGCCCGGCAGUGCACGUGAAGCCACGCGCACCCUGGCGUGCCUGCACCACCUAGGGCUGCAGGCAGUGCUGCUCACGUGCCGCUGGCCGCACGGCCCGCCCCCUCCCUCACGCCUGCAGCAGGACGCCAGAGCACAGAGGUAUGCGCUGCUGCACGGCGAGUGUGUGAAGCGCCACCUACCCGUGCUCAUGACGGCACACCAUGCCAACGACCAGGCAGAGCUGCUGCUGCUGCGCCUCGCCCGCUGCAGCGGCGUCGACGGCCUUGCAUGCAUGCCACUGCUCUCUCCGCUCCCCCCCUCUCCCCCUCCUCUGCUGCCCUGCUUCGCACCUUUGCAUGCGCAUGGCAACGGCAGCAUACGCCCCGGCACAUCUGGCAGCAGUCGUAGCAACGGCAGGAGCACUGACAGUCAUUUUGAGUGUGUGCAUGGCAGCAGCAGCGGGGGCAGCGGGCAGGGAGGCAGCGAGGCGGUGGUGGUGGUGCGGCCGUUGCUGGGGGUGGGCAAGGAGCACCUGGUGCAGUUGUGUGAGUCCCUCGCGCACCCGUGGAUCGACGACCCCUCCAACGCCUCCUCGCUCUUCCUGCGCAACCGCAUUCGCCACGCCCUCGCUGCCCUGCCUCCACACCACGCCACUGCAGUGCACUUGGCAGCGCAGAGCACGAGUGCGGUGGCGGCUGCCCUGCGCUCUCACCGCCUCACAGCAGCACGCCGCCUCGCUGCUCAAGCCCUGCUCCCCACCUCCGGCGGGGCGGUGCACAUCAGCGUGGUGGAGCUGCUGGCACCGCACUGGUCCCAUGACACGCGCAUGCAUGUGCUCUCGCUGCUGCUGCAGCACGUGGGGCAGCGGGCCUACCCGCCGCGCACGCGUGGUGUGCGGGCACUGCUGGACCGCAUGCGCCUCUACCUCUCCGCAGCAUCUUGGGGAGCGUACAGCAUGGCGGGGUGCACUCUCACCGCACUGCCUGGUUCCCGAGGCACCGUCGCCUGCAUUGCUGCACACGCACCCACGCCUGCUACCUGA